AUGGAUUGCUCAAAUGUACUUAGUUGGAAUGUUAGGGGGUUGAAUAAGAGAGACAAACAACAAGCAAUUCUAAGUCUCUUAAGGUUAAAUAAAGUUGGUAUUGGUGCUUUGUUAGAGAAUAAAUUGAAGAUGGAUAAAACUAAGGAUAUGAUGUCCAAAGUGUUUGUUGGCUGGGAUCACUAUAAUAGUCCAGUUGUUGAAGGCAGAAUUCUGGUUAUAUGGAGGAAGACUUUUGUUAAGGUUCAGGUGUUAAUGGAACACAAGCAAUUCCUUCAUUGUUUGGUUACUUUUUCUAGCUUACAGCUGGAAUUUGUUGUCUCUUUUGUGUAUGGUUUUAGCACAGUGGUUGAGAGGUUGGAUUUGUGGAGGGGUUUAUCUUCAAUUCAAGUUUCAAAUAAGCCUUGGCUGGUAGUGGGGGAUUUUAAUGCAGUGUUUAACUAUGAUGACAGACUAGGGGGCAAGAGGGUUAAUGCUAAUGAGAUAAUGGAUUCUACAGCUUGGCUAGCCUUUUCUCAGCUAGCUACAAUCAAAUGCAUAGGUUCCAAGUUUACCUGGUCGAAUAGACAGGAGGGAGGUGAUAGAGUAUAUUCUAAGAUUGAUCAUGGGUUUAUCAAUGAAGAAUGGUCUGACUUUAUUUCGAAUACUAUUGCAGAAAUCCAGUGGGAUGUGCAUUCGGAUCACUGUUUCCUUCUUAUUAAGACUCUUAAGGUGGGACAUCUUGGAAUUAAACCCUUUAGAUUCUUUAAUUGCUGGAUAACUCACAACAGAUUUAAAGAUACUGUUCUAGAUAACUGGUGCAAGCCUUUGACAGCUAAAGGGUUAUUGGGAGUGACUAAGAAAUUGCUUAGGUUGAAGCAUAUUUUGAAAGUGUUCAACAUGAUGGAAAUAGGGGACAUUGAGCAGGGCUAUCAUCAGGCUAAGGGUGCUUAUCAGUUAGCAUUAACAAAAGCUCAGGAACAUCCUUCGGAUGCUUCUGUACAGGAGGCUGAAAGAUUAGCUGCGGUCUGCUAUAAAGAGCAUUAUACUCGGUACAGGAGCUACUUAAUUCAGCGUAGCAAAGUAACUUGGAUUCAGAAGGGGGAUGAAAAUAAUUCUUAUUUUCAUGCGUGUAUCAAAAAGAGAAGAGAGGAUAAUCGAAUAGUGUCUUUUCUGAAUGAACAUGGGGAGGUUAUUACUGAUUAUGGUGCAGUAGUGAAGCAUUUUCUUGAUCAUUUCAGGAUGUAUAUUGGAAGCAAUAGUUCAGGUUCUGGGUUGAUUAACACUGAUUGCAUUGAUUUGGGCCCUUGUUUAGACAUUGAUUUGCAGCUGAACUUAAUCAAGAAGUUUACUAAAGCUGAUAUAAAAAAAAGCUUUGUUUAG